GAACAAAUGAAAUUUUAGAUGAGGAUGGAAAAUUGAAGUAGAAAGUUGGCUAUGGCUGCUUCAACAUCUCUGCACAUUUCCAUCACGCUCAGGUGUUCCCAUAACAACGGCUUCUCAGUGUACCAGCCCGGUAGCAGAACCAACCUCUUUUUCCCUCGUCACCGUUCUUCUUCUGUUCUCACCUUCUCUCGCAGGCGAAGCGACCACCACGGCCUUGCUGCCACUCCAUCGAAUAAGAAGAAACAAAAGCAAAGUUUGGCUCAGAGACACAAGACAGAUGAUGAUUUAGAUGAAGAUGCUUUUGAGGCGCUUUUUCUUCAGCUUGAAGAAGAUUUGGAAAAUGAUGAUCUUUCUAUGGAUGAUGGUGAUAGUGAAAUAACAGAGGAUGACCUUGCAAAUCUCGAAUGUGAAUUGGAAGAGGCUCUAAAAGGUGAUAACCUAUCAGGAGACGUUGAAUCAAUUCUGGAUGAGGAAAAUCAGGAAAUAAAACAUGAAGUUGAUCUGAGACUUGAAGAGGGAGAAGGAGAAGAAGAAGAAGAAGAAGAAGAAGAAGAUAAUGAUGAUGACAAUGAGGUAGCAGCAUCAGUAAAAGGUGAUGAAGAUGAUAUAUACGAAAGCCCAGUACAAUUGAAAAACUGGCAACUCAAGAGACUGGCUUAUGCACUAAAAAGUGGUCGACGUAAGACAAGUAUAAAAAAUCUUGCAGCUGAUCUCUGUCUCGACAGAGCUGUUGUUCUCAAAUUACUCCGGGAUCCUCCACCGCAUCUCCUAAUGCUGAGUGCUACUUUACCUGAUAAACCUAUUCCAAUAAUCUCUGAACCCCCGAGCAUCUCUCUGGAGAAAACAGAAGACAUUGCAAAAGAAGAGACUACCGAGGAAUUGCCAGUUCACGUUAUGCAACAGAACUUGUCUGCUAAAAAGAAAAUUAAGAAAAAGCAACUUGGAACUCUUGAACAAGUUUAUGGACGAUCUAAGAGACCCACUAAUGCCAUGAUUAGCAGCAUUGUGCAUGUCACGAAUCUUCCACGCAAAAGAGUUGUGAAGUGGUUUGAAGAAAGGCGUGCGGAAGAGGGGGUUCCUGAUCGUCCUUGUCAACAGCUUCCUUACCAGCGUUCUACUCUUAACACUCCCAUCCCUUGACGGUAGGACAAUCAGUUUUGUAUGUACCCUGGCAAAAAAAUUACUUUUCCCCUUAUACAUGUUAAUUUAAUUAUUGGAAGCAACAUUAGUCCGUUUUUAAUUAUUCCUAUCAACAUAACGACUUGGACUAAAUUAAUAAAGUUGACAAAAAACAAAUCAAAUGAGACCAUACAAGUUCAUACCCGAUCUGAUCAUACUAAUUAAGAAUUCUUGUUUUAUGUGCACAACGUAAUUAAUGACCAAUACAAUUUAAUGACCAAUAAUAAUUGUGAUAUGAAAAGUAGUAUUCCAGUAUUCCACUCGUCUCUUAAAAGUGGGUUUGCAUGGAAUUAGAAAAUAAAGAUGGUAAAGAGAGGAACCCUAGCGGUCGUCUCUUCUCUUUGUAGGGGUUUGUAGGAGUUGAGAUUUUCCGUCGUUCCUAUCAAUAUGGGGUUGGAGCGGUAGAUUAUACUGAUUGUAAGUGUUCUAACGUUUGAGGUUGCAACUAAGUCGGAGGAGAUAGCGUUGGCGGAUGAACGAGGUGUGGUUGAGAGGUUGUAUCGAGGCGGGAUCGUGAAGCCUUGGUGGGUCAUUCCGACGGUGGUGGAGUUGGUAUUGACCAAUAUCGUAAGAGCUCGUCCUCCUCCGGAACCACCUCCAUACCAGGUUGAACUUUUUGGAAAGAUUUUAUUUCAGUAUUAUUUUCUCUUUAACACUUGUUUGUGUUGUAGUUCGAGUAGAUUUGGUUUGAAUGUUUGGAUUUUUGGAGCUUUUGAUAGGCAAGGUUUCAGUUUCGAUUGUUUUAGGCCUAAAUUUGCCCGUUUCAGGUUUAACUAGUCUUGUUGCUUUGUAUGAGGUAGCUGACUCUAGUCUAUUCCUAGAGUUCACGAUUCAAUCUAUAAAUUCUGUCUUGUAUGUG